GGGUUCCAUAGCAUUUUCUUGACGACCAAGCCCGGCCGCGACGUUCGAGCGCCAUGGACACCAAGGGGGCGGCGGAGGCCAUGCUCAAGGCGGCGGCGCCCAUGGCCGCGGAGGAGGAGGCCAUGCUCAAGGCGCUGGCGCGCAAGGAGGAGGCGGCUCCGGCGCCGGCCGGAGCGGGGCCAUGGACAACGACGGAGGGGAUCAAGGGCGCGGCGGCGGCGGCGGCGAAGCGCUACUGGGCCAGCCUCAAGAGCCAGGCCCGCGCAGCCGGCGAGUACACGACGCACAAGGCCCGCGCGGCCGGCGAGUACGCGACGCUCAGGACCCGCCAGGGCGUCGCCCUGUUCGGCGAGCCCAACAUCGGGCCCAUCAAGACCAUCGUCGAUCGUUGCUAGAUAGGUUUCUGUUGAUGAGAUGCUGCCGGUAGGUUGAGGCUCCGAUGAUGACUUUGUUCACGUCUUCAGAGUUCAAUAAUUUAGCUCUUGAUCCCGGCCCAAUAUCGUCGCCAGUUAGUCGAUGAAGAUCCUUCGUUGUUGUUCUUUCUUUUACCGGGAUUUCCAUUGAUAGGAUGAUUAUAAACAAAAA